AUGCCUCUGCCGAGUUCUGUUACAACUAUAGCAUGUGUUUUUUCCCUUCAGAUUAAGGAUAUAGAAGUGCUCAACUGUGAAUAUGGCAAGAACACAAUCAAGUUCCUUCGCCUUCAUAGAGAAGGGAAGAAGCACUUUGUUAAAGAAGUGGAAGUGUGCACACAUCUCCGGCUGACUUCUGCUCAUGAGUAUUUGGAUGGAAACAACUCUUUUGUGAUACCUACAGACACCAUUAAGAAUAUUGUCCUGGUGUUGGCCAAAAAAAAUGGGAUCUCAAGUAUAGAACAAUUUGCUAUAGAUAUCUGCAAACACUUCAUGACAACAUUUUGCCAAGUGGCGUACGUCAAAACCUACGUUCAGGAAGUGCCAUGGCAACGUCAAUACCAGAACGGCGUUCCCCACAUCCACUCAUUCAUACUUGUUCCUGAUGGGAUUCGCUUUUGCGAAGCUGAGCAGUGCCGGAAUGGUCCUCUGGUUGUUUUUGCUGGAAUUAAAGAUCUGAAACUUAUGAAAACAACACAGUCUGGAUUUGAAGGCUUCUACAGAAAUGAACACACCACGCUUCCUGAAAGGAAUGACAGGAUUUUAUGUGGAGAGCUCUUCUGCAAGUGGUCAUACGGCGAAUGCAGAGAUUUUGAUUUUGACUGCAUAUGGGCCAAAGUCCGGGAAUGCAUCCUUGAGGCCUUCUCAGGGCCACCUGACUGUGGGGAUUAUUCACCCUCUUACCAGAAGACCAUCAACUGCAUCCAGAUGUGUGUUCUCUCCCGAGUGUCACAGGUACAGGUCAUAGAAGUCAUCCUGAACAACACCUUUUAUAAUGUGGUAGACAUGAAGGCACUAGGCUGUACCAAUGACAAAGAAGUUCUGGUUCCAGUGGAAACUCCCUAUGGUUCCUGUGCUUGCACGCUUGGCAGAAAGAAGUACUUAGAAGCACAAAGCCACAUGAUAAAAGAUGAGAAGGAAAGUCAGUUUGGACUGGUAGCUGCUCAGGGAAAGUAA